GACCGGGCCCGUGUCCUUCCUUCCCAACUGUUUCUCAUGGUCCUUGGGUUUGAAGCUACCGUGAGAAACAGCUGGUCAAAAGGGCUUUGCCGUAACCUUGCACAUGCCACCUCGAGUUGGUCGCAUACUCAAGAUCUCGAUAUUUCUCUUGAUUUUGUUCGGUAUAUUUUUAACUGUAGAAAAGUUAACAGGCUCGCUUUUGACACGCUCUGACGCACCCUCGCCUCGAGGCUCGUUGGAAUCACCGAUCCGUUCACCGACGCGUUACAGCGGACGAGUCCCCAUCGUCGAUCGUCAGAAACUCGCCGAGAUUGAGUCUCAUUUUCUCUAUAAUGUCAUGAUGGAUGGAAUCCCUGUAUGGGAUCCUCCGGAUAACCCUAGAUCUCCUCCUAAAAUCACCGAAGUUCCUCAACCUACGGGACAGAUCGUGCUGAACAAUCACCAUCGCAUCGUCCCUAACAAGUUCGCCGACGGUUUAUUGUGCCCCGACGUGGUUCCCUGUCGUCUCCUCGUACCAACGUGGAUUGCCGAACAGGAAAGUAAGGCAUCUCAGCACUUAUACCAGCUUGCGUUGCUCUCCCAGCAACUAAACAGAACACUCGUGCUGCCAAAUAUGUGGAAGUCGCGCUUCGGGACGUGUAACCGUAAUCCAUUCGAAUAUUAUUACGAUAUUGGCUUCUUCACCAGGUCGAAGAUAAACACUGCGACAUUCGAGUCCUUUAAGGAAUGGGCUGCCGAUCGUGCCACUCCUCCAGUAAUGUGUAGCUUCUCUAUCGAAUCUGAACCUGCCCACGAGGUUCCAGACAUGGCCCAAGGUGUAUUCCUUGUUACUCCCAAUCAAUCGUCUGUCGCCAGAAGAAGGAACUGCCUGGAGAGGCUCGACAGACGUGGAGAGAUAUCGAAGCCUCCGAUUAUAGUAUACCCGACUCGUUCUCGCUGGCAUAUUGACUCCAUUUCCCAAUCUGAAUAUACCCAAGGACUCAUUAGCACUUUGUCAGCAUAUCAUGACGUGGACGUCAUCGCACUCUCCUGGGAGGUGAAACAUCCUAUCUUCUCUUCUUCUGUGCCUAUAUAUCUGGAAUAUGCUCCCCGAUGGAUCGAUCUAGCUCGAUCGUUGUCUAAAAGGCUCUCUCCGUUCAUCGCAGUGCACUGGCGCAUGGAAACUCUGGAUCCAAAGGGACUCCCGGCUUGCGCUCCUCGGCUCAUUGACCUUCUCAGUUCCAUCAAGCAGCAGUCCAACAAUGAAGGCACGAGUCACCGAAUUCAGAACGUAUACCUGGCGACCGAUUAUCCCCUUGAACCUAACUCCCGUCCUCAUUCUGGAACGUUUCAUUAUGUUACCGAGGAUCAUCAUUUAGCAAUGCGAAUAUUCAAAGGUGCCUUCGAGAGAGGCGGCUCACUGCAGGAUCUCACUCUGGGUUCCUUCGCGAAGCACAGUGAUGUGCUUCAUGCCAUCGGUGAAUCUGUUGAUGGUUGGGAUGCUGAUCUAGGAUUGCUUGGUAUCUUAGACAAGUCCGUGGCGAUGAACGCGGAAUACUUCGUUAGUGGGGGAGCUGGUUGUGGAAGGGCAAGUUCAUUCACUGCUCAGAUAAUACAAGAAAGGGCAAAGAAACGAAAGGAGCUCGGGCUCAAAAACGUAAUUGAUAUUUUCACUCAUCACGCGAGGGGGAAAUAGAAAUGUAUUAGAGAGGUACAAUGACCUCGACGGCCAGGCAAAAUAUAGAAUAUAUCGUCCAAUGUACGAGGUCAUGAAGCAGUAAGGUGGAUGUA